UUUCCACUGUUGCUUCUUUCUUCCUGCCUCUUCUCUCUCUAGCGCUUCUAGCUCUAGCAAGCAUCCCUCCUCCUCCCUCCCUCCUCCCACCACUCUCGCCAUCCCUUCCCCCCUUCCUCUCCUGCCUGCCAUCUCGUCGGCUUCUCUCCCCCCCAUCGCCGACCCGCUACUUUAAUGGUUUUAAGGUAGCGCGCGCUAGUUCAUGGAAUCUCCGGGGCUGCUCGCGGUGCUGGCUCUCCUCGUCGUCGCGGUGGUUGCCGCCGCCGACGACGCCCAGCUGCUGGAGCAGUUCAAGUCGGAGGCGCAAAGCCCUGCAGCGGGCGUCCGCGGGUGGAGCGCCGCCGACGGCGCCUGCAGGUUCCCCGGCGCGGCCUGCAGGGGCGGCAGGCUCACGUCGCUGUCGCUCGCCGGCGUGCCGCUCAAUGCCGACUUCCGCGCCGUCGCGGCCACGCUGCUGCAGCUGGGCAGCCUCGAGACGCUCAGCCUCCGCGGCGCCAACGUCAGCGGCGCGCUGGCCGCCGCGCCGAGGUGCGGGGCCAAGCUCCAGUCGCUCGACCUGUCCGGGAAUGCCGGCCUGCGGGGCUCCGUCGCCGACGUGGAGGCGCUCGCCGCAUCCUGCGGCGGCCUAAAGGCGCUCAACCUCUCCGGCGAUUCGGUUGGUGGGCCGAGGUCUGGCGGCGGUGGCGGCUCCGGAUUCGGGCUCGACGCUCUCGACCUCUCCGACAACAAGAUCUCCGGCGACGGUGACCUCCGGUGGAUGGUGGGUGCAGGCGUCGGCGCGGUCCGGCGCCUGGACCUCUCCGGGAACAAGAUCUCCGGGCUCCCGGAGUUCACCAACUGCUCCGGGCUGGAGUACCUCGACCUCUCCGGCAACCUCAUCACCGGCGAGGUGGCCGGUGGGACCCUCUCCGACUGCCGCGGCCUGAGCACGCUCAACCUCUCCGGCAACCACCUCGUCGGCGCGUUCCCACCGGACGUCGCCGGCCUCACCUCGCUUGCCGCUCUCAACCUGUCAAACAACAACUUCUCCAGCGAGCUCCCCGCCGACGCUUUCACGGGGCUGCAGCAGCUCAAGGUGCUCGCCCUCUCCUUCAACCACUUCAACGGCACCAUCCCGGACUCCUUGGCCGCGCUGCCGGAGCUCGACGUGCUCGACCUCAGCUCCAACGCUUUCUCCGGCACCAUCCCUUCCUCCCUCUGCCAAGACCCCAACUCCAGCCUCCGCAUGCUGUACCUCCAGAACAACUACCUCUCCGGCGCGAUCCCGGAGUCAAUCACCAACUGCACCAGGCUCGAAUCUCUCGACCUCAGCCUCAACAACAUCAACGGCACACUCCCUGCAUCCCUCGGGAAGCUCGGGGAGCUCCGGGACCUCAUCCUGUGGCAGAACUUCUUGGAGGGCGAGAUUCCGGCAUCCCUGGAAAAUAUGCGCAAGCUCGAGCAUCUCAUCCUCGACUACAACGGGCUCACCGGUACCAUCCCGCCGGAACUGGCCAAGUGCAAGGAGCUCAACUGGAUAUCCCUGGCGAGCAACCAGCUGUCCGGGCCGAUCCCUUCUUGGCUUGGGCAGCUCAGCAACCUGGCCAUCUUGAAGCUGAGCAACAAUUCCUUCUCGGGACCAAUACCGGCGGAGCUUGGCGACUGCCAGAGCUUAGUCUGGCUGGACCUGAACAGCAACCAGCUCAAUGGGUCGAUACCUGCGGAGUUGGCAAAACAGUCUGGGAAGAUGAACGUCGGCCUUGUCAUUGGGCGGCCUUAUGUGUAUCUUCGCAACGACGAGCUGAGCAGCGAGUGCCGUGGUAAGGGGAGCUUGCUAGAGUUCAGCAGCAUCCGACCUGAAGACCUCAACCGGAUGCCGAGCAAGAAAAUGUGCAACUUCACUCGAGUGUACAUGGGGAGCACGGAGUAUACCUUCAACAAGAAUGGAUCCAUGAUAUUUCUGGAUUUGUCAUUUAAUCAGUUGGACUCAGAGAUCCCGAAGGAGCUGGGGAGCAUGUACUACCUCAUGAUCAUGAAUCUUGGGCACAAUCUACUGUCUGGCCUCAUCCCACCGGAACUAGCCAGUGCCAAGAAGCUUGCGGUGCUCGACCUGUCACACAACCAGUUGCAAGGGCCUAUACCCAACUCUUUCUCAUCACUGUCUUUAUCAGAGAUCAACCUUUCGAAUAAUCAGCUGAAUGGGUCAAUUCCAGAGCUUGGCUCCCUUGCCACAUUCCCAAGGAUGUCAUAUGAGAACAACUCUGGUCUCUGUGGUUUCCCACUGCCAAAAUGUGAUCACAGUGCUGGCCCAAGUUCCUCCGACGACAACCAAUCGCACCGGAGGAGGCAGGCAUCACUCAUAGGUAGUGUUACUAUGGGACUCUUGUUGUCACUGUUCUGUAUAUUUGGAAUUGCCAUCUUAGCUAUCGAGUGCAAGAAGCGGAAGCAGAAGAAUGAAGAGGCAAGUACCGCUCGUGACAUUUACAUUGAUAGCCAGACACAUUCUGGGACUAUGAAUUCCAACUGGAGACUCUCUGGUACAAAUGCCCUCAGCAUCAACCUUGCUGCAUUUGACAAGCCACUGCAGAAACUCACCUUGGCCGAUCUUAUUACCGCCACGAAUGGCUUCCACAAUGAUAGCUUAGUAGGGUCUGGUGGUUUUGGGGAUGUCUAUAAGGCCCAGCUCAAGGAUGGAAGGAUUGUUGCAAUCAAGAAGCUUAUACAUGUGAGCGGCCAGGGUGACCGGGAGUUUACUGCAGAAAUGGAGACCAUUGGGAAGAUUAGGCACCGCAACCUUGUUCCUCUCCUUGGCUACUGCAAGGCCGGUGAGGAGCGGCUGUUGGUGUAUGAAUACAUGAAGUAUGGCAGCUUGGAGGAUGUGUUGCACGACCGCAAAAAGAUCGGGGUUAAGCUGAGUUGGUCAGCAAGGCGAAAGAUCGCCAUUGGGGCUGCAAGGGGAUUGGCAUUCCUCCACCACAACUGCAUUCCGCAUAUCAUCCACCGAGACAUGAAGUCAAGCAACGUGCUUAUUGAUGAGAACUUGGAGGCAAAGGUAUCAGAUUUUGGUAUGGCGAGGACGGUGAGUGUGGUGGAGACGCACCUGAGUGUGUCCACCCUUGCUGGCACUCCGGGUUAUGUACCACCGGAGUACUAUCAGAGCUUCAGAUGCACUACAAAGGGCGAUGUCUACAGCUAUGGUGUUGUGUUGCUCGAGCUGCUCACAGGGAAACCGCCUACGGACUCGACAGAUUUCGGUGAGGACAACAAUCUUGUAGGAUGGGUCAAGCAGCACUCGAAUUUGAAGAUCACCGGUGUGUUUGAUCCUGAGCUGUUGGAGGACGAUCCAGCCCUGGAGCUUGAGCUGCUGCAGCACCUAAAAGUUGCUGUUGCAUGCUUGGAUGACAGGCCAUCAAGGCGGCCGACAAUGCUGAAGGUCAUGGCAAUGUUCAAGGAGAUCCAGGCGGGAUCGACGGUCGACUCGAAGACCUCAUCAGCUUGCACAGGCUCUAUCGAUGAUGCAGGUUUUGCCGCCCAUGAGAUGACGACCCUGAAUGAAGACAAGGAGGAGAAGGAUUAGCAAGAAACACCCCGAUAAGCGAGAAACUGCCCACGGCAAGUUCCCCGGGGCGAGUGGCAGUUUCAUGGCCAGUCAGGCAAAAUGCCCGUAGGAAUCAGUUCGUCAGGCGAUACCAUUUGCAGUCUCUUCGUGAGCUUAGCAUUCCCUUCUGGGUACAAGCAGAAGUUUUCCCUCGUAGCUUCGUCAGUUGAAGGUGUUAUGUACCUAUGGGAGUAGGUCGAUUUUCCUUUCUUUUUUUUUCUCAGCUUUGUUCAUCUCUUCUCGUCGCACUUCAGUAAGAGCUGUGUAUGUACAUAUAUAAAUGGUGAUUUUUCUUCAGUGCAAAAUCCAUUUUGUCCCCUUCC